AGAAAUUCCAACUCAUUUUUCGGGUGACAAUUACAAAAUAACUUCCUUUUUUCGUACAGUUUGUUAAAAAAGUGAGAGUUACAAAAUAAAUAAUAAAUAUACAUGAUUUACGUGGUCCUCCUACUACGUACGCAACCUGAGUUGAGUCGGUUUCUCUAAAAAAAAAGGCUGAGUUGGAGUCGGCGGCGGCCCGAGUACACCGACCCAAAGUCCUCGAUCGUCUCCCUGUCCUUGCAUAUAAAUACGCAGCAGCCACCGAUCGCAGAACCGAAGUCAGAAAGAUCGAAGAUGACGACGAAGAUGGUCCGCCUGCGCAGCUCCGACGGCCAGGAGCUCGAGGUGAUGGAGGAGGCGAUCGCCGCCGCGUCUAAGACGAUCAAGGACACGCUGGAGAAGGGCGGCGCCGCCGACGGUGCCAUCCCGGUCCCCGGCGUCAUCGGCCGGGUCCUCUCCCACGUCCUCGAGUACGUCAACAGGCACUUCUCCGACCCGGGCGCGGCGGCGGACCCCUUCGACCACAUCCCCAACUUCGACGACCCGUUCAAGGCGUUCGACGACGCCUUCGUCCAAGUCGACCAAGACACGCUCUUCGACCUCAUCCACGCGGCCGAGUGCCUCGACAUUGAGGGGCUGAUGGACCUGACGUGCGAGACGGUGGCGGACCAGAUGAGGGGCAAGACCAUCGAGGAGAUCCGCAAAAAGUUCCACGUCAUCAACGACUACACCGCACGGGAGGAAGAGGACGUCCGCAAGGAGAACGCCUGGGCGUUCGAGUAG